GCGCGGCUGGCAUGCGGGCUGCGCGCCCCGCGCCGCGCACAGCCCUGACCUACUAACACACAUCCCUCCGCGCCGCCGCCGCACUCUCCCUUCUUCCCUCCCUCCCUCUCUCGCUCGCUGCCGCCCGCCCUCACUCGCUGCUUCACACCGGGGCCGCUCUGCUCCCGGACAAGAGGGGCGCCGCUGCCUGCGCGGCCCUACCCGCCUCGCCUCGCCUCGCCUCCAGCCCGCCUAGCCCGGCCCGGCCCGGCCCGGGGGAUGCUCCGCGCCGCACUGGAGGUAAUUUAGAAGAUUCUCAUUGCCUCUGACGAGCAAAGUGGAUCUGGACACUUCUAUUUGAGAAUAUGAAACAAAAGGAAGAAUGUGUGUGGAUUUAAAAUUACUGUAUUUAUCAAGUUGUGGUGUGAGAAGUACUGGGGAGAUAGUUUGCUCUGUUGCUCAUUGUAGAUCUUCUACAAAUUGUUUCUGAUGCAGCUGAGGAAAAUGCAGACCCUCAAAAAGGAACACGGACCUGUUGACACAAGUAGCAAUGUGGACAAAAUCAUGGUACUUAAGUCUACUUUAUCAGAAGUGUCUGAAGAUUUGUCUACAAAUGAAGACAUACUACUUACUGAAGCAAGUAGUGGAAAAAGCAAAUCUUCAGCUUGCCGGAGAAAGCGAGAAUUCAUUCCAGAUGAAAAGAAAGAUGCUAUGUAUUGGGAAAAAAGGCGCAAAAAUAAUGAAGCUGCCAAAAGAUCUCGUGAAAAACGACGACUGAAUGACCUUGUCUUAGAGAACAAAUUAAUUGCACUGGGAGAGGAGAAUGCCACUUUGAAGGCGGAGCUGCUUUCGUUGAAGCUAAAGUUUGGUUUAAUUAGUUCUGCAGCCUAUGCCCAAGAGAUACAGAAACUCAGUAGCUCGACAACUGUGUAUUUCCAAGACUAUCAAAGUUCCAAGUCAAAUAUUAACUCAUUUGCAGAUGAGCAUGAACCAUCUAUAGUUGGUAGCAGUUGUAUUUCUGUCAUCAAACACUCUCCUCAAAGCUCUAUGUCUGAUGUGUCUGAAAUAUCAUCAGCAGAGCAUACUCAACCGAGUCGUAUACAAAACAACUGCAGAAGUCCUGAAAACAAGUUCCAAAUUAUCAAACAGGAGCCUAUGGAAUUAGAGAGAGAGCCACGAGAUGACAGAAGUUCAUAUAAGACAUCCAUAUAUCCAAACUACAUGGGAGCUACCUUUAAUGUGUACUCACAUUCUCCUCCUCUGUUGCAAGUUAAUAGGUCCUCCAGUAACUCCCCCAGAACUUCAGAAACGGAUGACGGUGUGGUUGGAAAGUCAUCUGAUGGAGAAGAUGAACAGCAGGUUCCUAAGGGCCCAAUCCAUUCCCCAGUUGAACAUAAAAAUGUUCAUGCAACAGUUAAAGUUCCAGAAGUGAAUUCUUCAGCUUUGCCUCACAAGCUUCGAAUUAAAGCCAAAGCCAUGCAAGUUAAAGUGGAAGCAAUGGAUAAUGACUAUGAUGCUACACAGAAACUAUCAUCGCCUAUUGAUAUGUCAUCAAAAAGACAUUUUGAGCUUGAAAAACACGGUGCACAGAGUUUGGUGCAUUCUUCUCACACUCCUUUCUCUGUUCAAGUGACUAAUAUCCAAGACUGGUCUCUCAAACCAGAACUCUGGCAUCAAAAGGAGCUCAAUGUAAAAAUUCAGAGUGGUUGCAAAACUGGAGUUGUUGAAAUAAAAGACAAUAUCUACAAUGUCUCUGAGUCAGAGAACCUGUAUUUGAAGCAGGGGAUAGCAAACUUAUCUGCAGAGGUUGCUUCACUUAAAAGACUUAUAACUACACAACAAAUCUCUGCAUCAGACUCUGGUUAAGUUACUACUGAAUAACGGCUUAUUGUUUUAAAGGAUGUCAUUUGCAGUAGAUCAAUAUGUUUUGUAUUAUGCUGAAUUUUCACUGGACUUGUGAUGUCAUUUCACUGUAAUGUUCACAUAAUGUCUGAUUGGUGUCUUUUUGUGCACAGAUUAUUAUGAAGACUAGGUUGUGUUAUGAUCACUAUGCCUUGUGUAUAGUCAAGUAGCCUGUACAAAGGCUGUAUAUAGUGAACUUUAUUUUCUUUUUGUUGUUCUACUAUAAAGUGUGCAAGUUACCAGCUACAAUAAAAUAUUGGUGACAAACACGGAACAUCUACUCCAGUUCAAUUGAUUUUGUGAACUUGUAAAUAUGUUGUUAAUUAAAAUUGGCUUGUUUCUUA